UGGAGUGCUAAGCUCCACGAUUGAUUGUCUGUUCGACAUGGUAGAUUUGCCCUCAUUCUUGCUGGCGGAAUUCUGUUCGAUCCUUCGGUCAACAGAGCAAGACUUCUGACCUAGCAACGUUGGCAUGACUUUGAAAUCGGCGGACACUGCGUCAUUUCAUUUAAAUGUUAUUUCGGCGAUUCAGCAUUGUCGAAUUACUUGGUAGCGAUUAAUAAUUUUAUCUCCAAACCGGACUUUCAAAUGCUGGUCAUUUAAAUAUCUGGAGGUCAUUCCAUGUUUUAGUAAUUUUCACGUGAACACAUUUACUUUCAUGACAACGUUCGAUAUAUUCUCACCUCUUUUGCACUUUUUUAUAGGAUGCCUACCAUUUCAUCUUGAUGCUGGACUGUAAUAUGGCAGGGAGUUUGAGAUGGAAAUGUGGUCUGAUAUUCAACUUUAUCCUUCUGGCAUCUGAACUUUCUAGAGCUGAUGCAGAGAACAAUACAUGUAACUGCCAAGAAGGGUACAUGUGCCAUGGAGUUACUCCCUUGUGCUUGUCCGAGGAACAGGUUUGUGAUGGGAAGGUACAAUGCCCCUAUGGUGACGAUGAGUUUUUCUGCAGUGUGGAUUACUCCCGCCCGUGCCGGGGUGAGCCGCGGGUCUGUCCCGCACAUCCGUCAUCAUGCGUCGACCCGCCAGCCAUUUGUGACGGGUUUUCAGACUGCCCAUCAGGGGACGACGAGGUUGCUUGCAAUGCAACUUCGUGUCCAUUGGAUUGUGAGUGCCAUUUUCUCUCGGUGCGAUGUAAAAAGGUGACAUGGAAUGCGGUUCAAGCUCAUAUGAUACCAGAAGAUACGAGAAAAUUAUGGGUUGAGAAGUCUAGUGAACAGAAAAUGAACGAAACUGAAGGAUUGGAUCUGGUCAGCUUGGUCAAUCUCAAUUUCUCUCGACUCAACAACCUGAACAUGCUGACAAUACGAUCUUUUCCUUUUACGGUGAUGAGACCUGGCACAUUCGCUGAACUUCGGUUCCUUGUAUUCAUUGACCUGAUGAAAAAUAAGAUAUCUAGACUUCAAGCAGAUACAUUUAAAGGUCUGAAACGUUUAAAGGAAAUGUACAUAUUCAUGAAUGGACUUCAGGCGAUAGAACCUGGGGCAUUCAGAGGUCUCGAAUCACUGAAAAUUAUGAUUCUGAUGUACAAUGAUAUCACACGGCUCAGUCAAGGGAUUUUCGAGGGUCUUAGCAACCUCGAAGACUUGUGA